UGGGAAGCGGGGAGCAGGGAGCGCAGCAGCGGCGUCGGUGACCGGGACGCACCGGACGGGCUCCGGAGAUCCCACAGGAUCCCAUAGGAUCCCAUAGGAUGGCCUCAUCCUGCCCCUGUCUGUGAGGUGCGGAGCAGGGACGGUGCUGCGGGGGCUCAUGGCCACGGCCAGCAAGGGCAGCAAGGCCAAGGGGGGCUCUGUUCGCUUCGCCCCAGUGCAGCCCCCCGAGGGCUCCCAUGGCCACGUCCACUUCCCGGAGCAGCUCCAUGACUCGGCUGUGAUGGUGACACAGGAGGGGGACGGCAGCUUCCUGGUGAAGGUGGGAUUCCUGAAGAUCCUGCACAAGUACGAGAUCACCUUCCUGCUGCCAUGGGGUGCGGGCAGGGGGCUCUGCCCCAUACCCCUGCCCAGCCUCCACCUGCGCCUCACCUCCAUCACCCCCCUGCCCGCAGGUUACAGUGUGAAGUGUGAGUACACGGCGCACAAGGAGGGGGUGCUGAAGGAGGAGAUGGUCCUGGCCAGCGAGGCCGGCGAAGGAGCCACCAUCAGGGUCGUGGUCCAAGCCCGUGUCAUGGACCGGCACCACGGCACCCCAAUGCUGCUGGAUGGGGUGCGCUGCAUCGGUGCAGAGCUGGAGUACGACUCGGAGCAGAGCGACUGGCAUGGCUUCGAUUAGACCCUGCCUGCCCCAUGAGGAUGGAGCUUGUAUGGGAUCAGGGACAAAUCCCACCCCAAUCCCCCCGUGUUAAUGGGAUCACCGGGAUCUGGGGGUCCCCAGUGCUGGAGCCUUGGGAACGGACCCACUCACUGCCUCUUAUGCUGCUUUCCCCCUGCUUUGUUACCAGAGCAGCCCAGGAUAGGGACAUUUGGGGUCACUGGAGCCCCUCAGGAUGAGGGUUUGGCUUUGGGGUGCAGAGCAGAGCAGGAUCUGGAUUGGAAGGGGUCAGGCCCCAUGGCUGCCAAUGGGACAGAGCCUGUCGGGGUCCUCGUGUUGCAGCCAUCACCUUGGUCUUAGGAGCAUCCUUUCCCCCUCCAGUUCCCCUUUAUCCCAUCCCCUUUCCCUGUUUUCCCACCAGGAAGCCCCAUGGGCCACAGAGCAGGAGCAGUGGCUCAGCUCUGACAGCAACAGAGGCUUCAUGUGCCUAUAUAUAUAGAUAUAAAUAUAUAGAUAUAUAUAUACA